AUGCGUUUUAAAGAACCGUUGUGCCGCAGCCGCCUCCACCGAAAUGUCGACGACGGACUGCGUGGCCUCACGGCGGUGUUGGCGGUGGUGAUGAUUGUUAGUGCGAUGUCGAGCGCAAACGUGACGGACGACUGCGGCGAUAGCGAAAGCUGCAGCGGCACAGUAGCCGUGUCCACAGUCGCUGCAGCAGCCGAACACGAUGCGUCGUCCCCAGAAGACCAGCUGCUGUUUCUUAAGGUAAGAGGAGACGCCGUGGCGGACGCUUCGUCGUUGACUUUUGUGGUUUUCUCCCCGGCUGCGUGA